CCUCCCCCCUCCCCCACCCCCCACCUCUCUCUUCUUUUUCUCUCUUCACCGCUCAAUUUGCUUCAAUUAUCUCUUAGAUAAAGGGAACUUGUACAAAUGGAGUCUUCCAAAGAGACUGGCUGCCAAGCUCCAGAGGGCCCCAUUCUUUGUGUCAACAACUGCGGCUUCUUUGGAAGUGCUGCUACCAUGAAUAUGUGCUCCAAGUGCCAUAAGGACAUGAUACUGAAACAGCAACAGGCCAAGCUUGCAGCUACAUCAAUUGAGAACAUUGUCAAUGGCAGCUCAAGUAGCAACCAGAAAGAGCCUGUUUUAGCUGAAGCUGUGAAAGUAGAAGCUGGAUCAGUUGAAUUGAAGACUGAUGCACUUCAACAAUCCUCUGAUUUGCUGUCAGUCCCGAGUUCAGAGCCGAAGCCAAAGGAGGUACCAAAUAGGUGCACUACUUGCCGCAAACGUGUGGGGCUGACCGGAUUCAAUUGCAAGUGUGGGAACCUCUUCUGUUCUGUGCAUCGCUACUCUGACAAACAUGAGUGCCCGUUUGACUACCGAACUGCCGGUCGAGAUGCCAUAGCAAAAGCAAAUCCUCUUGUUAAAGCCGACAAGCUUGAUAAGAUCUAGAAGCAUGGUUAUGGGUCGAAGUAUGAUAUUUAUUGUUAUAUAUCCUUGCUUCCUUGUAUAAGUGGGCCAGCUGCCAUAAUAGGUCUUGCAACUAAUGAUGAUGUUUUGGUGGAGUAGAGGCAAGAUAAAAGGGGGAGGGGAGGGGAGGGGACGGGAUGGGAUGUGGGAUCGAGAUGUGUUGCGUUCUAUGAACUCGAGAGUCCUUAUCAGUUGGCUUGGGUUACUUUGGUUUGCUCCAGUGUGUAAGUUGUUAUUUGCUGGCUUGAAUGACAUUGUUGUGGAAUUUAUUA